UACGUGUAGCUCACCAACUAGCAGGAGCUAGCUUGUCAGACGAGAAGACAGUACUCAGCGAAAUAAUAUCGACUGCCACCACAAUAACAACAACAACAACAACAGCUGCUCUGUGCUCAGAGGAAAGGUGAACGUCCAGAUGUUGAGCACCUGAAAAUGCCACGUCCGAUAUUUAAUCGAAGUUAAGACGAUAUCACAUGAUGGAACUACCAGCACAAACGUGUUUUGACGGUUACCGCAUAAGGACGUGGGUCUGUUCUGACACGUCCUGAAAGCAUGGAGCGUUAAACUCAAUGCAUCGGAUGAAGUCACUUUCUCUCCAGAAACUGCAAAUUGCACUCAUAAAGAGACGCUAAAAGGAAAGACAUGUUUGCCAAGUUGAAGAAGAAGAUCGCCGAGGAGGCGGCCACAGCACCGAGGAGCGGUGUUCGUAUACCACGCACUAUCAGCAAGGAGUCCAUAACCUCAGUGGGAGCAGACUCAGGGGAUGACUUUGCAUCGGAUGGCAGCAGCUCCAGGGACGACCUGCCGGCCCAGCUGAUCAGGAGGAACGAUCAGAUACGGAAGCUGGAGGCCAAACUAACAGACUACGCUGAGCAGCUACGAAUUAUGCAGAAGACCAAGGACAAGCUUGAAAUUGCAUUAGAAAAGCAUCAGGAUUUGUCCAUCAAGAAACUACAAGACCAGAAUGAGUCCCACCAAGCUAGCAGGGCCAAAUUAACAGAGGGGAUGGCUGUAGCACUGGAGAAGAAGGAUCAGGAGUGGAUGGAAAAAGUUGCUGCUGUCGAACAGGAGAAGGCUGCUCUGUCAGCCCGACUAGAAGAGAUGAUGGAGCAAAGCUUAGCACUCUUCCAGAAAAGAGAUGACUUGGAUGAACUGGAGGGUUUUCAGCAGCAGGAGCUCGCUAAAGUUAAACACAUGCUGCUAAAGAAGGAGGAGCAGCUGAGCCAGCGGGAGCAGGAGCUCCAACAGAAGGAGGCCGAGGUUCAGUCAGCAAAGCGAGGGCUGUCUGAGGCUCGCGGGAAACUCAGAUCUCUGGAGCAGCAGCAUGAGGAGAGCAGCAGACUGAACUCUGAGUUUGAAAUAGAACGAGAGGAGCUGCUGCUGCUCCGAGAGGAGGCAGACAAGAAGGUCAGUGAGCUGGAGGGACGAUGCCAGGAGUUACAGUCAGUAAUCCAACAGGUCUCUGAAGACUUCCAGAAGUCUCAGAGUAUGGUGUCGACUUUAGAGAGGUCCCUCCACGAUUUACAGACUGAACACGACGCCCUGAAGUUACAACAACAAAAGGCUGCUGUCAUGGAGGAGGACAAAGAGCGCUUGUUAGCGGACCUUCAGAAGAAAGUGACGUCUCUGGAGAGGCGGCUGCAGGGGAACCUGAGUCAGGAUGAACAUCUACAGGAGCUUCUGCAGGAGAAGUCCAGUGUGGAGCAAAGCCUGGAAGAGACCAGAGCAGAGCUGCUCGCAGUCCGGACAAAUCAUGCCGAUACUGUAUCCUCCCUGGAGACUCAGGUUUCAAGAAUGAGCUGCAGCAUCACUGAGCUGCAGACUCUUCUCCGACAUAAAGACGACUCCUCCAGAGCCUACAGAGAGCGAACAGACACUCAGAUAGCUGAUCUGGAGCAGCAAGUGUCAGAGUGUGGAGAGAGACUGAAGAGCGCGGAGCAGCAGAUUACAGAGAAACAGCAGCAGGUGGAUAAGAUGGAAGGAGAGUGGGUUGCAGAGAAAGCCUUCCUCGAUCAGCAGGUGUGUUUGUUAGAGCAACAGAAUCAGGAAAAGAGCAGCCGGCUGGAGGAAAGCAUUGCUUCUCUACACACAGAGAGACAGAUGCUACAGGACAGGCUGGCUGAUCUGAACAAACAGAUGGACGAGGCAAACUCAAAUCUGAGGACGCAGUCAGAAGAGCUGGAACAGUGCAGGACGGAGCUGAUCAGCCGGCAGACAGUGAGCACAGAAAUAGCCAAAGCUCUAGAGGACUCCAGAAGACAGAAGGAGGAGCUACAAACACAGGUUGCCGAGAUGACCUCAUCUCUUCAGACGUCGCAGCAGGAACUGUCCUCUGUCAAUGAGAAGCUCGCUGAGAGAGAGAAAAGCAUCAAAAAACUUCAGCAUGAGGUGCAGCAUCGGCAGGAGUCUCUGGUCCAGCUGCAGGAGGAGGUGGAGCGGCAGCGGGCUCAGAUGGAGCAUAUGGAGCUGGACAAAGACUCUCAGCUGGUCGGCCUGAGGGAGGAGCUGCACAGCCAGACACAGCAGCUCGAUGGCUACCAGGCGAGGAUCUCGUACCUGGAGGUGGAGGUGGAAACUCUCACGGAGCAGCUAAACACUCCUGAAGUGUGUGAGGAGGAUCAGAACGGCACUGUGACGGUGGACGAUCUGGAUCACCUUCAGAAAGUCAACAGAGAGCUGGAGCAGCAGCUGAGCGACAAGAACAGGACCAUCAAGCAGCUGCAACAGAGACUUGCAGAACUGAAGAGGACCCUGCAAAAGGAACUGAAGCUGAAACCUGAACCAGAAGCUGAAGGAAAGGAGAAGUUGCCAGAAAGCAGAGCGGAAAGACAAGAGAGGGUUUUUUCGGACCCGCCGCCAGCAUCGUCGCCGAGCCCCCCGACCUCCAACACCACAGUGACCAACACAUCGGACCUCAACGACUCACGGGAAAUCAACUUUGAGUAUCUCAAACACGUGGUCCUCAAGUUUAUGUCAUCCAGGGAGGCUGAGGCGUUCCAGCUGAUACGAGCUGUGUCUGUGCUGCUGAACUUCUCUCGGGAGGAAGAGGACAUGCUGAAACAAACUCUUGAGUACAAGAUGUCCUGGUUUGGAUCCAAACCUUCUCCAAAGGGUGCCAUCCGGCCUUCAGUCUCAGGCUCUUCCACUCACUGGAGCUGAUGAGCAGCACAAAGAGCUCAGGUGAUGGAGAGACAGGAACUAAAGACCGCCUCCAGGAGUCCUGGGGUCCUUCUUCUGUGGAUCCCUUCACUGAGCCGGAUUCUAGCUUUAAACUUUAAACAGGCCUCCACUGUUGACUCGGACUCCGUGUGUGGGAGGGACUGUUGUUUUCUGCUCUCUGCGGACAGAGAAGAACUGCACACAGUGGGAAGUAGGCAUAAAGGCCUAUUCAUAAUCAGUUGUGGGUUUUAAAAUUGAAGAUGUUUUCUCUUUAAUAGUGAAGGUAGAUGGACUUUUAAAACACAUGGUAAAGAUGGUCAACAGACACGCACAUCAUCGAUACUCAAGUAUCACUUUUCCUCCCAGACCUAAGACACAGAUUCAGAUGUUUUGUAGUCCCAGUAAUGAACCAACAAAAUGUUUAGAAAAAAAAAACAGUCACUUUAUUUUUAAUUUAAAGGUCACAUAUUGUGCACAAUUCACUUCACCAUGUUUCUCUGGCACUAAUAUGUGUCUCUAGUCUGUCUUCAAACCCCCCAAUGAUGAGAAAAGUCCAUCCUCUCCGUCUUUUGCCUGCUCCACUUUUCAGAAAAUGUGUCGCUCAAACAGGCCGUUUGGAGAUUUUCCCUUUAUGACAUCACAAAGGGCAGUAACCCCUCCCCCAGGUGGGUGACACUCCCACAGCUAGGUGUUUGUUCUGCCCUCUGAGUCUGCCUUCUCACCGUAAACAAUAGUGCAUGGAGCGAGAAAGCCAGAGCCACCAAGACCUUCCAGAGAGGGGGCUUGGUCAGACACAGCUCAUUUACAUAUUUAAAGGUACAGACACAGAAACAGCCUGUUCUGAGCAGGGCUGAAAUAGAGGGGUUUAUAGACAUGAUCAAAUACAGGAUCAGAGUGGAUUUAGAACAAGAAACUUCACACACAUGCUUUGGGGAGCUCUGAGACUUAUUUAAACUGGUUGAAAAGGAGAAUAAUAUGUGACCUUUAAGGAAUUGCCUCAUUUCUACCAACAAUUAAAUCACAUUUGUUUUCCUUAUGACCUGGUCUGACAGUCAUCAUGGGACAUAGGCUUUGAAAGCGGUUAGUUUUGGUAACCUUUAAUUAUAAACCACUGAGAGCAUUUUAAUGAAGCUGUGCUAAAUAGACAUAAGUACCACACAUUUGUGUCCAAGGCUCUGAAUUUGUCUCAAUUUAUUGCAGAUUUAAAACCAUUUUUUCUGAAUUUGUCAUAAAAGUGUCAUCUGUCACUUCCUUAAUCCCGAGAGAGAAAUUCAUGACCACAUCACUUUGUUGGUAAAGAAAUCAGUGUAACAAUUAAGCGUUUCUUACAGUUUAAGGAAUCCAAGUUGGCCUUUCUGUUCACCUCCAACCCCCCAUCCCACAGUGAUUAUGUGAACUUAAACACAGUUAAAAACACAUAAUUAUCAACCAAUCAAGUGACUCAAGAGAACUUCAUUUCUCUCAUUCUUUUCUAUUGAUAAGUUACAUUUUCAUCAUGUUUCCUCACCUUAUAUCAUGAUCUGAGCUCUGAGCUUUGAGGUCAACACCAGUGAUGAUCGGUGUUUCAUUUUUCUUUAUUUUACAUUCACCCUUAAGGCUAAAGGGUCUCUCAAAUGUGGUUAAUAAGAAACUGGGACCAAGACACCUGCUGGACAGAUCAUGUAAUAACACUCAUCGGUGCUCUCUCUGGUGGAUGCUUUAUGUAAUGGUGACACUGUACUGUUGUUGUAAAUGCAGAAAGAGUACGACAACUUGGAUUCUUAAAAUUGACCUGGCUUUGGUUCAACAGCACAUGUAAAAAAAAACAGAAAUGAAAUACUUCCUGCUUGGCCAUUUGACUGUUAUAAUAGAUAUGAAUCAAGCCUCUCCCAGCAGCCCUCACCCCCUCUAACCAUGUGUAUCCCAAAACACUUGACCAGUAGACCUUAUCAUAUAUAUGCAGAGGAAGGGCUACCUCUGGGGGGGCUCCGCUCAUGGUUUAAAAAAAAAAAAAUCUUUUUACUACUGUUUCAAUUUCUCUGUUGUUUUGGUUUCUUUACCCCCCAUGAGAAUGAUCCACGCUGUGUUUGUCCACUUGGAGUACAACAAUAACAAUGUGAAGAAAGAAGUGAAUCCUCUGUUAGUGACUGGAGGACAUCUCUGUACCUUUACCUGCCUUUGCUUAUAUGUAAAUGAAAGUACAUUCCACAUGUCUAUUUAUACAUAGAAGUAUGUACAUACUGUAUGCUUUGAGAACUUUAUAAAUCAGUGGAUGUAAAUGGUUUGAUGUGACCAGUUUGCAGUAUUUAUGAUCAUCGUCAUAGUGCAUAACCCUUACUUGUUUCCGCCUCGGCUUGUCCCUAGUUGGUCCUUUUUUCCCCCCUCAGUGUGAUGAAAGUCCUAACAUACUUAAUAAAGUUCAUUUUGAUGGGGGGGGCAGGGAAUCUGCAUGCCUGCUGUCAAACUGCAUUGUUGAAUUUCUGAAGCAGUUGGUCAGUUUUUGUUGCAUUAUGUUUUAAUUUCUGAAAUUGUAUGUAUUCCAGAAAUAUGCACACAAUGUGAAGCAUAUAUGCAGUCUGCAUAGCAUAAUCAGUCACAUAAAGGAAACCUGCAUCGAG